AUGGCGAAUGUUUUGGCUGCUACUUACCCCCAGCUUAUUUCGGCGGUGAGCGUGUAUUCUGGUGUUCCGGCCGGGUGUUUUAUGAGUAGUUCGGGAGGGGUGGCGAACUGGAAUAAUAGUUGUUCUGGGGGUAACUCGAGGGCGACGGCGCAGAGGUGGGGGGAUGUGACUAGGGAGAUGUUUCCUGAGUAUGACUAUCAAGAUGAUGAAGAAGGAAAAAGAAGACCGAGACCGAGGAUGCAGAUUUGGCAUGGAAGUAGUGACGGGACUGUUAGUCCGAAUAAUUACGGGGAACAGGUUAAGCAGUGGACUAAUGUUUUGGGAGUUCCUGGGGUUGAGGGGGGCGGGAUGGUGAAUGGGGCGCCGAAGGGGAAUGUUGAGAGGAAGGAUUAUCCGGCUAAGGGGUAUACGGCUAGUGAGUAUACGGAUAAGGAGGGAGUGGUGUGGGUGGAGGGGAUUUGGGCGCAGGGAGUGGGACAUAGUGUGCCGGCGAAUCUGUCGGCUAGUGAGGCUUGGGCGGAGGAGAUGAUGGCGGAGGAGAUGAUGGCGGAGGAGAUGAUGGCGGAGGAGAUGAUGGCGGAGGAGAUGAUGGCGGAGGAGAUGAUGGCGGAGGAGAUGAAUGGCGGAAGAUGA